AACUAAGGGUAAAAUCAAAGGUGAUUACUUCAUCAUUUCUGUUUUAAGAGAAGGUGACAAAAUGAAACAAUGUAAGAAUUCACAUCAGAUUUUACCUUUAUUCAAUACUAACUAAGUUCAUAAGGUAAAGUUCUAAUUUGUAGGAAAUAUUAGCAAAAAAAAAAAAGAAAAAAAAACUAAUCUAGAUGCAAGUUAGAAUUCAUAAUUGUUCAUAAGUCAAAAUUUUAAAAAAUCCCAUGAUAAUCCCUUGGAAUUAGUGAAAGAGUAAAAAGUAAACUCACUAAAAUAGACGGAGGAAAAAGUCACCGACUUGACGGCUAAGUUAACGGCAGGUGAUGUACAUUCACAAGGCACAAGAGACAGAACCACAAAAGCAGCAAGCUUCAUCAUCUCCCUCUCCCUCUCUCUCUGUCCGAUCUCAAAUUAAAUAAUCGAUCCCUCAAUCAGUCAACGCAGUCUCAUCCUUAGACCGAUCUAAUCGAAACCCUUUUCCGACAAUCUCACUGAGAUGAGCUCCGAAGCGUCGGCGGCUGGAGACGGCGGCGAAACGAGCGGUGGGCCAGCACCGGCGUACGACAAACAGAAGGAGAAGGCGCGCGUGAGCAGAACGUCUCUGAUCCUGUGGCACGCGCACCAGAACGACGCCUCUGCAGUCCGGAAGCUCCUGGAGGAAGAUCCGUCUCUGGUUCACGCCAGAGACUACGACAAGCGAACGCCUCUCCACGUGGCGUCUCUUCAUGGGUGGAUUGACGUCGUCAAAUGUUUGAUCGAGUUUGGUGCUGAUGUCAACGCUCAGGACAGGUGGAAGAAUACGCCUCUGGCUGAUGCAGAAGGAGCUAGGAAGCAGAAAAUGAUCGAGCUACUCAAAUCUCAUGGCGGUUUAUCUUAUGGUCAAAACGGAAGUCACUUUGAACCAAAGCCUGUGCCGCCACCAAUUCCAAAGAAGUGUGACUGGGAGAUUGAACCUGCUGAGCUGGAUUUCUCUAAUGCCGCCAUGAUUGGAAAGGGUUCGUUUGGAGAGAUUGUGAAAGCCUAUUGGAGAGGAACACCAGUAGCUGUCAAACGUAUUCUUCCUUCUCUCUCUGAUGAUAGACUUGUUAUUCAGGACUUCAGGCAUGAGGUUGAUUUGCUAGUUAAGCUUCGCCAUCCCAAUAUAGUCCAAUUCUUAGGAGCCGUAACCGAAAGAAAGCCCCUUAUGUUAAUCACAGAGUACUUACGCGGGGGAGAUCUUCACCAGUACCUCAAGGAGAAGGGCGGUCUUACUCCAGCAACUGCUGUUAACUUUGCCUUGGAUAUCGCUAGAGGAAUGACAUAUCUUCACAAUGAGCCUAAUGUUAUCAUUCACCGAGAUCUUAAACCAAGGAACGUUCUUCUGGUUAAUUCAAGUGCAGACCACUUGAAAGUUGGAGACUUUGGGCUUAGUAAGCUCAUAAAGGUUCAAAACUCUCAUGAUGUCUACAAAAUGACUGGCGAAACAGGAAGCUACCGGUAUAUGGCUCCUGAAGUGUUCAAGCAUAGAAAAUACGACAAGAAAGUCGAUGUCUUCUCCUUUGCUAUGAUACUUUACGAGAUGCUUGAAGGAGAGCCACCGUUUGCGAACUACGAGCCGUACGAAGCAGCGAAACAUGUAUCAGAUGGACACAGACCUACUUUCCGUUCCAAAGGAUGCACACCUGAUUUAAGAGAGUUAAUAGUGAAAUGCUGGGACGCUGACAUGAACCAGAGACCAUCGUUUCUGGAAAUCCUCAAAAGACUUGACAAGAUCAAGGAAACUCUGCCGUCGGAUCACCAUUGGGGCUUAUUCACUUCAUAAAUACACAAAACAUCCUCCUCCUGAAAACACAUUCUGUUUGCUUAUUAUUAUUCUAUGUUUAAAGAUUGUUUAUUCUCAUUUGUUUCACAGUAAACGACUAAAAAAGGGUGUGACAAAAAAAGAAGAAGCUUCUGUUUGUUCCAUGGAUUUGGAUUGAGUUUUGCAAGUCACUGAGAUGCUAAAAGAUCAUAUCAGACAAGAUACAUGUCUGUUUCUGAAAAAUCGAGUAACAAGAUGCUUUGACAAAGUGAA